GCAUGCGCGGCACUCACACUCCUGACGUGGACUGUUUACGCUCUGCUCCGGUGCGGCUCCGGCUCAUGAUCCGGCUCCACACGGCUCUUUCAGAGGAAACCUUCAUCUAAUCUUACUUUAGAAGCCACGGUCGGUCCGGUCUGUGUGUCCUGCCCGACAACCCGCACACACGGACAUCACACUGCGGCCACGACAGCGCCAGAGCCGGGAUGGAAGCGAGCUAACGCGGCUACAGGCUCAGCUGAUCCGCAGUGUUCUGACAGUGAUGGUGCAGUCAACUGUGGUCUGAAGCACAGAUGGAGGACAAGUACAGCAGUAAUGUGCUGUCAGGAGGGAAGCUGGGCAUGGUGGAGGCGUCAGACUCCAGACUGACGAGGUACCUGGUGCUGCUCGUGCUCUCCAAGGUGCUGAAAGCUGUGGGGAUCUUCGAGGCGUAUGACAUCCUCAAAGUGGUGCACAUCGUCCACUUCAUCUUCAUCCUCAAACUAGGGAGUGCUGUGAUCUUGCUGUUGUUUCAAAAGCCCUUCUCUUCUGGAAAGUCCAUCUCCAAGCGGCAGUGGAUAAAGCUGGUCAAACACGCCAUCUUCAGCUGCAUCGUGUCUCUGCUGGGCUUCUUUGGCCUCACGCUCUGUGGACCUCUCAGGACGCUGCUGCUGCUGGAGCACAGUGACGUGGUGGUCAUUGCUCUCCUGGGGGUCCUGUUCACCAGCUCUGGAGGAGGGCCCUCAAAGACACGAGGAGCUGCGUUCUUCAUCAUCGCUGUCAUCUGUCUGCUGCUCUUUGACAACGAUGACCUCAUGGCCAAGAUGGCGGAGCACCCCGAGGGACACCAUGACAGCGCGCUCACCCACUGCCUCCACACCGCCAUUGCCUUCCUGGGAGUCGCUGACCACAAGGGAGGAGUGGUGCUGCUCGUGGCCUCUCUCUGUCUGAAGGUGGCGUUCCACACGGCGUCCAGGAAGCUGUCUGUGGAAAUGGGCGGGGCUAAGCGUCUGUACGCCCUAGACAACCUGGUGUCGUCUGCGGUGCUGCUGCCCUGGGUCUUAGUCCUUUCGGCCACCACUGAGAGUAAGGUGGAGUCGUGGGGGUCUCUGCUGCUGCCCCUGCUCAUGGUGGUCAUGUUUGUGAUGAUCCUGGAAUUCUACGUGGAGGCGGUGUGCAGCACUAAGAUGGAGGCGCCCCGUGUGGCUCGCUGCGGCUCUGUGGCUCUCGUGCUCUCUGCUCUGGUCCUGGCGCACUUCUGGACACACCCCCUGACCGACCAACUCAUGAACCUGAGCAGAGGCCCCGCCCAGACCGAGCACGUGCUGUCGGGAGGCGUCAUCGUCAGCGCCACCUUCUUCAUCCUGGCCUCCAGUAUCCUGGCGUCUCCGUCGCGGCGUGGGCAGAAGGGCACUCUGGUGGGCUAUUCUCCAGAGGGCACCCCUCUCUAUAACUUCAUGGGCGACGCGCUGCAGCAGACCUCACAGUCCCUGCCCCGCUUCAUCAAAGACUCUCUCAAACAGAUCCUGGAGGAGUACGACUCCAGACAGAUCUUCUACUUCCUCUGCCUCAACCUGGCGUUCACGUUUGUGGAGUUGUUCUACGGCGUGUGGACCAACAGCCUGGGCCUAAUCUCGGAUGGCUUCCACAUGCUUUUUGACUGCUCUGCUCUGGUGCUCGGGCUCUUCGCUGCCCUGAUGACGCGCUGGAAGGCCACACGCAUCUUCUCCUAUGGGUACGGUCGAGUGGAGAUCUUGUCCGGCUUCAUAAACGGCCUGUUCCUGAUGGUCAUAGCCUUCUUUGUGUUUGUGGAGUCGGUCACUCGCCUGGUAGACCCGCCCAAUAUCAACACGGACAUGCUCACUCCUGUGUCAGUGGGGGGGCUGCUGGUCAACCUGGUGGGCAUCUGUGCCUUCAGCCACGCUCACAGUCACGGAGGGAAGAGCUGCUCGUCACAUGACCACGGCCACUCCCACCACGGCCACUCCCACAGCGAGCAAGGCCACGGCCACGGGGGGCACGGCCAUGGAGGACACGGACACGGACACGGAGGACACGGACACGGAAGUCACGGCCACGGAGGGCACGGGCACUCACACAGCUCUGGAGGAGGCAUGAACGCCAACAUGAGAGGGGUGUUCCUCCACGUCCUGGCUGACACUCUGGGCAGCGUGGGCGUCAUCAUCUCCACCAUCCUGAUCCGUCAAUUCGGCUGGCUCAUCGCGGACCCCAUCUGCUCGCUCUUCAUUGCCACGCUCAUCUUCAUCAGUGUGCUGCCUCUGCUCAAAGAUGCCUGUGAGGUACUGCUGCUCCGGACGCCCCACGAGCACGAGAAGGAGCUCAACACGGCUCUGGAGAAGAUAGAGAAGAUGGAGGGUGUGAUCUCCUACAGAGACCCUCACUUCUGGAGACACUCUGCCAGCGUCAUGGCCGGGACCAUCCACCUGCAGGUGCUGCCUGACGUGGUGGAGCAGCGCAUCAUCCAGCAGGUCACCUCCAUACUGAAGGAUGCAGGAGUGAACAACCUGUCGGUGCAGGUGGAGAAGGAGGCGUACUUUCAGCACAUGUCUGGCCUCAGCAUGGGCUUCCAGGACGUGCUCCACCUCACACAGCAGAGGGGAGCCAUCACACACCUGCACGACGGGACCUGCAUCAUGUGACCUGUAGACAUCCACAGACCAUCUGCUGAUAAAUGAACUGCUACAUUUCCACAGAUGAUUCACUUUUAGAAUCGUGGAAAGUGAAUGCUUAUGCUCUAGCCUUUAGCAUUGUGCCUGUGGCACAUUAAACACAGACUGUUGUGUUGUAUGAGACCAGACAAUGAUACCUGCACAUGGACCAAAUGGGACUUGCUCCUUUGUUUUAUUCUGUACAGUAUGUGAAUGUUUUAAUUAAAGGAAUUCUAUUCUUCA